GGAAACGCUAUAUAAGCAAAGACCAAGCAAGGACUCCUUACAGUAGCAUCUAUCUUCUCACUCAUUUUUAUAAUCACCUCUAUUCAAUAUAACUCAAUGGGUCUUGCUUUGCGAUUGAUUACCACUCUUUUCAUGGUGGUGAUGCUUCUCAUGUCCGGUGGAAUCCGGGAGGCAGAAGGAAGAACAUGCGAGUCACAGAGCCACAAGUUCAAGGGUACAUGCCUGAGCGAGACCAACUGUGGAAAUGUUUGCAAGAAUGAGGGCUUUUCAGGCGGCAACUGCAGGGGCCUUCGUCGUCGUUGCUUCUGCACACGACAUUGUUGAUCAAGCUGUACCGGAUAUGCAAGCUAGCUAGCUGAUUAAGGGAGUCGAUCUGUUCGUUUGCAUCAAGAUCUCUAGUUGUUCAUCAUCUUGCUUUGUGUCACAGUCACUGUAAUGUAUCUCAUAAUGUUGUGUAAGUCCUUCAAAUCGUACGUGUUGAUCAAUGUUGUGUGUUGUGUGUUUAACUUUGGGUUUUCAUAUGUUGAAAAUAAGUUACUCCCUGUCCUGUUUUUCA